CAGUCCGAAAAGUUUUCACUUAUCAAGGUUUCUGUUAGUUAAGGCGAUAGUAGAAAAAAACACAAAGAUCACUUCCCACUGUUCUAAUACGUUGAACAGAACAAGAAUCUUAACCUACACCACCACAAGAUUCUUAACCUACGCCAGCUCCUAAAUUACAGCAAAAAGGGAAGAAAAAAAAAAAAAAACCAAUGUCACUUUUCACUUCCUCUCUCGUAUCUUCGUUUUCUUCUACCCCAACAGUUACUCUCUCUCCCGCGAGAACCUCGAAUGCUCUUAUCCUGCGCACGUCCUUCCUUAUCCUGCGCCACUCUUUGCCAUGGCCACUGUCCGCAAAACACACUUCCAGAAACACAUUCAGCUGCACUCUCAGAUCUUCACCGACCCAGAAGCACGUGUACCCUGACCCAAGUCCCGAAUUUUCAGAAUCUGAGACCCAGAAGUUCAAAGUUGAGCUCUUGCAGAAGCUUUCAGAGGACGUAGACGAGUUUGGGGAUGAACUUGAUGCGGUUAUAGACGCUUGCGCUCAGAUAUUUAGUGAGUUUUUGUGCAAGGAGUAUGGAGGUCCUGGGACAUUGUUGGUGGAGCCAUUCACGGAUAUGUUGGUCGCUCUAAAGAAGAAGAAACUACCAGGAGCACCUCUGGCUGCUAGGGCGUCACUAUUAUGGGCUCAAAAUUAUGUUGAUGAAGAUUGGGAAGUUUGGAACUCAAAACCAAAAUAACUUUCUC